UGGAAGACCAACCCUGCUGCUGCUGCUGGGCGCGCUUCGCCUGCCGCCGGCGGGACAGCCGCCCAGAGCCUCCCUGCGUGGCGCUGCCUGCCUGCCGCCUUCUCGCCGGGGAUGUGAAGCGGAGCGGGACUGGGAGCCCCUUCCCCAGGCGUCUGUCUCGGGGAGGGAAUGGCUUUCCAGGCGGCCUUCCUCCUCCCCCUCGGCGGCUGGCUCUGGCCGCUGAUCGCGCUCCCCCUGGCCCAAGGGAUUGACUGCCAGCCUGGUUGCCACCCACAGUAUGGAUUUUGUGAAGUUCCCGAUGAAUGCAGGUGCCAACCUGGCUGGCAAGGCCCUCUCUGUGAUCGGUGCAUCCCCUUCCCAGGUUGCCAGUAUGGAACGUGUGCCAAACCAUGGCAGUGCAUCUGUGAUGAAGGAUGGCUCGGUAGCCUUUGUGACACAGCUGUUCAUCCGUGCUCUUCAAAACCCUGUAUGAAUAACGCAACUUGUAUAGAAACUGGGGAAGGCGGUGGAUACAUUUGCUUGUGCAUUCAAGGAUACGCCGGGAAAAACUGCCACAUGAGAAAAGGGUCCUGUAGAGUUAAUGGUUCUCCAUGCAAGAACGGUGGCACCUGCGUGGACGAUGAUGGCUUUGCACCCAGACCCUCCUGCCAGUGUCCCCCUGGCUUUACCGGCAUAUUUUGUGAAGCAGAGGCUGAUCCCUGCAAGUCAAACCCGUGUCAAAAUGGAGGAAGGUGUACCAACAUCAGCGGGGGCUUCAACUGUCAAUGCCCUGCUGGGUAUGGAGGCAUGUUCUGCAGCAGCCACGUCACAUCCUGUGCCAGCAACCCAUGUGCCAAUGGCGGGACAUGUCAUGAACACCCAGAAGGAGGUUUUGAAUGUAUUUGCAGGCCACACUUUGUCGGGGUCAACUGUGCUUCUCACCACAAAAAUGCAAGUGGGAUCGUGCUGGCCAAACACAAGCAGAAUCACCACCUGCGCGCAAAAGCUUCCCACAGACCACUUCAUCCACAAGAACAGAAUGUCCUGACCAUAAGAGAGACCAUUGAAAACAGGUCCUCCUUCAUCAAUAAGAGCCAGGUCAUUUGUUUCAUUGUUUUGGGCUUGCUGACGUGUCUCAUCGUGCUAGGAACUGCGGGGAUUGUGUUUUUUUCCAAAUUUGAAAUGUGGCUAGCAAAUGCCCGAUACACUCACCUGGUGCGUAAGGAGCGGGAUUGCUACCUGAAGGCCAAUGAGGGUGAGAACCCUUCAGUAAACAUCAUCUUCCCUGAGAAGAUCAAACUGACCGACUACUCUAAGAACUAUACAGCCAUCUAGUUUCUACCCACAGUUUUCUGCUUAACCCCAGCCUGUCAAGGUAGUAUUGUUCUUGUCGCAGCGGUGGCUGGCUUUUCAUGUUUGUUCAAGGAAAUUUUUGCUGGCUUUGGGGACCAGUUGAUGAACCAGGAACAUGUUUUAUUGGUGUCUCCCAGAUAAUGACUCUAUUCCAAUUUUUUAAAAAGAAGAUCAGAUUCAUAUUGGUUUGGAUCCAGUUUGAUGUUUUCACGGGCAUAAGGAUUUCUAUCCACAGAGCAUGCCUUUUGUGACUUCUGUUUUCCAUGCUAGCUCAAGUAAAAGGUAAAGGCAGUCAGUCCCCUGUGCAAGCACCUGUCGGUUCCGACUCUGGGGUGACGUUGCAUAACGAAACCCUUCAGGAAGGCUACUUGGGGGGUCAUUUGGGGCUGCUGAAGGAAGGGGGAGCCACAGAUGUUCUGCUGCAUGAGUGCAGCAUUCUUGCACAAGAGUAACUGCUGCACUGGAUCCAACCCAUUGUGAACCAAAUGAAUCUUAAUUUCCUUUUUAAAAUAAAAAAAGCUAAGUUAACCUUUGUAAAAUAUGACAACUGUUAUUAUAUCAUGAUGCAUGUUUGGCCAUUGUGGUUCUUCAAUAUCACUUCUCAAUGCUUAUUUUUAAUAAACAGUAAUUAAGGGCUA